AUGCAGGGUGAUCGUCAGGCCAGCGCGAUCCCAACUUUAUUUGCCUGGACGGUGGUGUUUAAACUUCAUUAUGGAAUCUUUGAUAUAUUGCCAAUGAUUAUGUUCUAUCAUUGUGGCAUUGCCCUUUGUUCUAAGCAAGUCCGUCGAUAUUCUUCGCCGCUAUCAUAA